AUGUACCGAUUAACUAUUGGAUUUGUUUUGUUAUGUGGCGUUUUAGCUACUGUUUUAGCUGGCCGUCAUAUAAGACCAUUAUUAGAUGGUCGUAUUGUGGGUGGUGAAGUAAUUGAUAUUGAAGAAGCACCAUAUCAAAUUUCUUUAAGAACAUCAUGGGGUCAUAAUUGUGGUGGUAUAUUGAUUGCCGAACAUUGGGUUUUAACAGCAGCUCAUUGCGUAUCACCAGGCUCAUCUUAUUCUGUUUAUAUGGGAUCAUCAAAUAAUCUUAAAAAUGGUUUAGAAGUUAAAGUUCUUAAAGUACAUCAACAUCCAAAAUAUGGCAGCUUAGAUUGGGAUUAUGCAUUAUUACAUUUAGAAGAUUAUAAUUCUGAUGGAUUUUCAAUUGGAUAUGCUGAAUUACCAGAACAAAAUGAACCAGUACCAGAUGGUACAUUAUUACGUGUUAGCGGAUGGGGUAAUACACAAAUACCAUCAGAUGAUCGUGCUUUAUUACGUGCUGCUCAUGUUGCAAAAGUUAAUGAAAAUGAAUGUAAUGAUGCAUAUGGUGAUAUUACUGAUCGUAUGAUUUGUGCUGGUUUCAAAGAAGGUGGCAAGGAUUCAUGUCAAGGUGAUUCUGGUGGUCCAUUAGUAUGGGGAAAUAAAGCUGUUGGUGUUGUGUCAUGGGGUUAUGGCUGUGCUGUACCAAAUUAUCCAGGUGUUUACGCUAGAGUUUCAUAUGUUAGAGAUUGGAUUUCUGAAGUUUCUGGAGUAUAAAUAAAAAAAAAAAUGAAAUAAGAAAAAUAAUUUUUAUUGCUUCAACAUUUUUAUUUUGUAAAAAUCCUUGAUGCAUGAGUUAACAUUAAACAGUUUUUUAA